GCCAGGUGUUGGAGGUUCCCCUUCCAAGCACCUGCUAUUGCCAAGAUUAACGGGUUGGUGAAUAGCGGAGAGGGCUGGGGAGCACCUGGCCCUGACUGCGGCUCCCUCCUGUGGCACCCGGCUGCUGGGACACAGCCAGCUUCUGUGAGAUGAGUGGUCUUGUGCAGAAAUGACCUGGCAAAAUAGAGGGGUCAGGCGGGGUGACCCAGGAAGAUGAAUGAGGCCACAUGGGCUUCUUGAGAGGAAACGCUGCCUGGGCAGACAGACGGCUACGUCCUGGACCUGAGAGAGAGCAGGACCCACGUGGAAGGACAGAGAGGCUCAAACACCCUUGGGCCGGGUCUGGAGGCUGGUGUCCUGUUGACCCACUAGCUCACGCCUGUCGGGAGUGGAUGUGGCUGCUUCUUCCCUGCUCUUGGAGCUUCUCAGGUGGCUGGUGGCCAGAGGCUCUGGCUGGGGCAGGGUGUUGUGGGGUUUCUCUGGGUGGGUGUCCUACGUGGAUGUUCCAAGCACACACAUGCUCACCAUGGAGCUCGUGGGUGUGCAAACAGCUGUCCCAGGGAGAAGGAUUCAGAGAGGAAACUGUUUCUCCGAGUGUGUUCCGGGGACCCUGCAGGGGACCCAUGAAGUCAAAACCAUAUUCACAGUACCCCGAGAUGUUAUUUGCCCUUCCCAUGUGAUGCUGGGUGUGAUGCUGACGGAUGCAGGACUGUGUUCUUGUGUUUCCCACAUUUCUUGGUUUUAAGUUCAGAACAGUGAAUAUUGAUUGGUAGAUAGAAUCCACAUAGACCAGGAGCCCCUGGGGGUCCUCAGUGGUGUCAGCAUAAGGGGCCCUACGACCGGAGAAGUGCAGUGCUGGGUCCCGGCUGCCUCCUUUGCAGACUCUGCCAUGUCUUGGGUCCUCCUGCUUCAGGGUCUGUCUUCACCGGUUCCCCUGCACGAGCCUUCUGGCCCCUGGAGAAGCUGUCCGCUGUGGCCCUUCCCAUGCCAUGUGAUUUGGUCCUCUCUGAAUGGCUAAGAAGAGCCUGAGGUUUACAGUUUGGGUCCAAGUCACACCUGGGAUGGACGUGGCAGGGUCCUUGAACUUUUGGUAAAAGGCAUUUCUCGUUUCCCGAGGUUUGGCCUGGGUUAGAGGUGUUUGCUGGCAGUGGAGCCCCUGAGUGGGUCUGGGGGUGGUAAGGGGGAGUGGGUGCUGGCAGGAGGAGCUCCUGCUAGUGAGGGGUACUGUCCUGGGAGUCAGGAGAGCCGUGUCUGAAUCCGGGCAAGGUGUGCAGCCCUGGGCAUGUGGCCUCCCUCUCUGAGCCUCAGUCUUCUUGGCUAUAAGAUUGGCGAAUACUGGUAGCUAUGUUUUGCUGGUUGUGAGUUCAGAUGAGGUGUUGGGUCCAAAGUCAUCUUGGGGUUUACGGGACAGUGGACAUGUGAGGAGGGUGUUGCCUGGGUUGGUUCAGGUCGCCUGCGGACAUCGGUUUGUCUUGUUUUCUUCUGCUUUGGAAAGCUGUGACAUAGACCUUCCUGGGGUCCAAGGACACAAUUCAUAGGCUACUCUCGGUUACAGAAAUAAUAGUUCCUAGGUGGCUAUGACAUCAAGGAAAAAUUUAGAGGUGACUGUUGGUGGUAAAGCGUCUCACAUCAGCUCGGUGUGGUGAGGGUGUUGCUGAGUGGAAAGUCUCGGGUGAGCCAGGAGCGUUUGUGGGGGUCACGUGACCUACAUCCGGACACAAAAAUAGGCUGGUGGGAUGCACGUGGCGUCAGGAACUCAAGGUGACUCUGGGCUCCUCUCUCUCUCUGCUCGGUCAAGUGUGCUCCAGGCCAGGAAGGUGGGGGUCCCUCCUCCACACCCCAUGAUGCCCGGCGGGACGAGACAGGCUUCCUGAGCCAUGAAGUCCCGCCUGGAAUACGGUGGGAAUUCAGUGCUCUUGGUGAUUAUUUUUAUUUGCUGUUGACUACUUAGAACUUCAGGGGUUGAUGGGGUUGUAAGUUGGCAUGACCUUUCUGGAAAGCAGUUUGAUGAUACAAAUCAAGAUUCCUUAAACAUCUGCACAGAAUAGCUUCUCUUCUGGGAACCUGUCCGAGGAAAUGGAAACACAGGCUUGUGUACCAAGCUUUUCAUCACGGUGUUUUGGGGAAGCUGUUAAAAAUGGCAUUUUUUUAAUAGAGUGUUUAAGGAUUUCGGAAAAUGCUCGUAAUGUACUAAGUCAAAAGGAUGUAAGAUUGCACAUGUAACUGGAUCUUAAAUUUGUAAGAUAUAUUGCAGAAAGAAAAACAUAGCUCUCUGUGUUGGGAUGAAGCCCCUCAUUGAAGCCAGCUCUUAUAUGCUUAUCUAUGUAUAUAAUGUCCUCUGCAAAAAGUUAUAGCUAUUAUAUAAUUUUCCAGAGGAAAGUUGAUGAAUUAUAUACACAUCUCCCGCUCUGUAUGUACCUAUGUGUAUAUAUUUACAUAUACAUAUACACAUGGAUGCACAUAUAUGCAUAUGUACAUAUAAAUUUAUUUUCCGGAUGAACGCUUUAAAUUGGGGUCAGCUAAGGGAGUACGGCUGUUUUCUCCCUUCUCACAAAACAAGGCCCAGUCCUGCUUUCCCGCUCCGCUGGGAGGCCUCACGCUCUGUACUCUGCAGAGAGGUUUUGCAUAUCUGGCUUGAUUUUCUAAAUCAAGAACCAGCCACACACUGUUCCUGCCUUCUCUCUGCACUGCUAUUUGUGCAUUCUCUUUUCUCUGGCUUCCGGCUUGUUCUCUCCUCAUCCCUCUUUCUCUGUCCCUUGAGAAUCCCCCCACCCCGCCAGGACCCCCUGCUGAUCACAUGUCUUUGGACCGAGACAUAGCACAGAGCCCACAGCAGGCUCUGUGACCAGAGCCAGACAUUCACUGGUAGGAUUUCAGGGUGUUUCUGGCCCACACACGAUGUCAGGCCCCGCUGCCAGUUCAGCAGGAGAAUUCCAGUUUGUAAGGUGGCUUUGUCACCACCCUCCCAGCCCAUCUGUGCCUCCCCGGCAGCUGCUCUCCUGCCCGGUCUAUCCCAGCAGUUCAAGGGCUCCUUCUUGCUUUGCCGUAUCACUCCAUUUACAGCGUUCCAUCGUUGGCACGUGUGCCUGCCCCUAGUGUGUGCCCAGGAAACUUCUGGGUCUCGGCACCGUGGGGGCUGCCUUCUCCCCAUAUACGCUUGCCUGGCCGGCCAGCCUGGCCACGUGGACUUGGGGAUCGUGGCUGCCUCCCUUGGGCACAGGGGCCCCUGCCAGGAAAGCCUGUGGCUGGGAUCCAAAGUGCUGGGGGCCGCGGGUGAUGGAUGCACUUGGGGAUCACAGAGGGGCUGCAGCGCCCAGUGUCCUGCCCAAAGGGGCCCCUCCGGUGGGUGGUCCUCCUGCUGGGGCUCGGACAUAGUUGGGGUGGGCAGUGGGCGUUGGGGCUGCUGUUCUCACCAGACCCAUGGGACCCUCUGUGGGGUUCCCACAGGGCUUGUGGCCUGCUGUGUGCGGAGGGGACCCUUCCCAUACUAAAUCCUGGUGAAGGUCCCAGCCUGCCAGAGUGGGAGGAGAGAAAGCAGCAUCCUGUGGCCCUGCUGGGGGGCAGUGCAGUGUCCGGGGGGCCCGGGUUCCUCGGAUAGCGUCUGUCCCCCAUGAGGCCGUGUGCUCAGCAUACGUGUCCCCCUCAGGGCGCCGACAGGCGGGAGGUGUCCACGCCACCCCUCGCUGUUGCUGAGAAGGCCCAACACCAGGCAGAGCCGGCUCCGUGUCCAUCUGCAGGGAGCCCUUGGCAGUCGUUCCAGUCAGCCCUCAGGAAGGCUCUAGAGACCGUGGCCGUCCCUGUCCCCUGGAGGUUCAUGGGCAGCAGCAGGGGCUCCCCGAGGGGCCAGGCCCACCAUGCUGCAGUGCCGGCCAGCCCAGGAGUUCAGCCUCGGCCCCCGGGCCCUCAAGGAUGCCCUGGUGUCCACGGACCCAGCGCUGCAGCAGCUCUAUGCGUCUGCCUUCUCCCCGGCCGAGAGGCUCUUCCUGGCCGAGGCCUACAGGCCCCAGAGGACCCUGUUUUGCACCCUGCUCAUCCACACGGCCUUCGACUGGCUCCUCAGCCGUCCCGAGGCCCCCGAGGACUUUGAGACCUUCCACGCGGCCCUGCUGACCAGGAGGCGGGGCCCCACGCGGAAGUAUAUCUACCUACAGCCGAUCGAUCUGAGUGAGGGGCUGGUGGGCAGCGCCCUGCUGGCCUCCCUGCAGAGCUGCACGGAGGCCUUCUUCCUGGGCCUGCAGGUCAGGUGCCUGCCCUCCGUGCCGGCGGCAUCCAUCCACUGCUCGUCGCGCCCCAGUCAGGACUCGGACAGGCUGCAGCUGCACACAGAGGGCAUCCUGGCUUUCCUGAAGAACAGCAAACCGGGAGACGCGCUGUGCGUGCUGGGCCUGACGCUGUCCGACCUGUACCCCUGCGAGGCCUGGAGCUUCACCUUCAGCACUUUCCUCCCAGGGCACGGUAACGUGCCACGAGCUCUGCCACCUGCUGGGCCUGGGGAGCUGCCGCUGGCUGCGCUGCCUCAUGCAGGGGGCGCUCAGCCUGGACGAGGCCCUGCGACGGCCCCUGGACCUGUGUCCCAUCUGCCUGAGGAAGCUGCAGCACGUCCUGGGCUUCAAGCUGGUGGAGAGGUACAAGAGACUGCAUGCCUGGACACAAGUCGUGGCGGGGACGCUGCCGGGCCUGGAGGUGGGGGAGCCGUGCGUGUCAGAGGACAGCCCGCCGUGCAGCGCAGACUCGGGCCUGUGCUGUGACAGUGACUCGGAGCCUGGCACCAGCCUGUCAGAGCCCCUCACCCCUGACGCGUGGACCCACGCCUUCUCGGCAGAGCUGGAGCCCGAGGACGGGCUGG